AUGGCAUCGGAAUACGAAUAUAUCAUCGUCGGCUCUGGCGCAGGAGGAGGACCGCUGGCUGCCAAUCUUGCCCGCCAUGGAUACCGAGUGCUCCUUCUCGAAGCUGGCGACGACCAGGGCGAAAACCUGCAUACCCAGAUUCCUGCCUUCCAUACCAUCUCCUCCGAAGAUCCGGCGAUCCGGUGGGACUUCUUCGUCCAGCACUACGAUGACGAACAGCAAGCGGCGAGAGACCCGAAGAUGACCUGGACAACACCGGAGGUGUCGAAACAAAACGGGAUUUAUUACCCCAGGGCUGCUACGAUUGGUGGAUGCACGAUGCACAAUGCCAUGAUGACGUUCCUGCCGCCGGACGAGGAUUGGGGGCAUAUCGCAAAACUCACGGCGGACCACUCGUGGGCUCCAAAGGAAAUGAGGAAAUACUUUGAGCGGGUGGAACGAUGCGGUUACCUCGAGUCAGGCACGGCAGGCCACGGCUUCAACGGGUACCUAGAGACCUCCCAUCCAGACCCCGGGCUGUUGGAGUCAAUGAAGCCUUUUCUCGAAGCGGCGCUCGACACUGCGCCGUCCAAGGAAAAUGGCAGUCCGCCACAGGCGAUCCGCGACGCCAAUGCGCCCGAAUCUCAUGGAACAGAGGGGGUGGUCAAAAUGGUGCUGGCAAUGACCAAACACGGUAGACGCAGCAGUCCUCGGGAGUACCUUAUAUCUACAGCCAAUGCGACAAACUCGGACGGCUCCAAGAGGUAUCCUCUUACAAUCAGCACCCACUCAUUUGCAACAAAGGUACUGUUGGGCAACAAAGGCGCAACGCCGAAGGCGACUGGAGUGGAGUUCCUUUGCGGUGCUGGGCUUUACGAAGCUGCUCCAAUGUAUGAUCCAAAGACCACCGCCCGAACCAAACGCGAGUUCGCUACUCGUGAGGUCAUUGUCGCUGGAGGGGCUUUCAACACACCGCAGCUGCUGAAACUAAGCGGCAUUGGACCAAAGGACGAACUGCAGAAAUUCAGGAUCCCGGUUGUGGUUGAUCUACCCGGCGUCGGGACCAACCUCCAGGACAACUAUGAGACGCAUGUUCUAUCGCGCUCCCCUAAGAAUAUCUCCGUCCUGGCCAACUCACUUCUUGGCGCAGCCGGUGAUCCGUUUUUGCGCCAGUGGGUGACCAAGGGCUCAGGACCCUUCAAGUCCAACGGCGAGGCGCUAGGUGUCAAGAAGAAGUCGACGACCAGCUCCGAAGCUUGCCAUGAUCUGUUCUUGUUCGGCGGACCCAUCUCCUUCACAGGCUUCUUUCCUGGUUACUCCAAAGCAUUCUCAACGACGUUCGACAAGUUCUGCUGGAAUGUGCUCAAGGUGCACCCACGCAAUGAGCGCGUUGGGACGGUUACUCUCCGGUCAAGUGACCCUCGGCAACGACCGGCUAUCGACUUUCGGUUCCUUGACGCUCGAAAUGAUGCCGACCAUGACCUUGGUGUCAUGGCCGAGGGGGUUACCAUCGCGCGUAAGAUGUUUGCUAACAACAAGAUAUCGGAAGCGUUUGGACAACAGGAGGAAGAGAAUCCGGGCCCGGCAGCCCAGAGUAGCGAUGCAGUCAAGCAGGAUAUCAAGGAUAAAGCAUUUUCCCAUCAUGCGACCAGUACGUGUGCAAUUGGCGCCGAUGACGACCAGCUGGCCUGUCUUGACUCCAAUUUCAAUGUCCGCGGCGUGAAGGGCCUGCGUGUUGUGGACGCGUCGGUCUUCCCUCGCGUUCCAGGGGCAUACCCUGUGCUUCCAAUCUACAUGAUCAGUGAAAAGGCAACCGACGUGAUUCUCGAGGCUGCGAAACAGCCUGCCAGUGAGGUCAUGCCCAUUUUAUAG